AUGGACGUAGUGGAAGUCAAGCCUCAGGACGCCUUGGAGGCCGUUCGAAGACGGCCUUUGGAGCGUCGGCCUGUGUACGUCCACGAGGGAGUGAUUGCACGCCUGGAAACUUGUGAGCGCAAGAAAGAUUACAUAAGAGGUUCUGGUCUGCAGUAUGUGUUACAUUCUUUUAACAAGCACUGUUCCCAGCUGAGUCCUGACAAGUUACUGGAAGCCCUUCGGAUUUUGAGUGAGAACCAGCUCUUUGAUCGUCGCACCCUCUACAACUUAUAUGACUCCAUUGCGCGCAAUAUUCUGUACUUCACUUCUGCGCAGCAUCGCAAGCUUCUGAAGUACAUAGGGACAUGCCUGUCCUAUACGGUUCACGGGGCGAAGUUGCUCUCUGCGGAUGAUUGCGCGAAAGUAAUAUCGCAACUGGACAGCUUCUUACCACAAAGUGCCUCCUAUUCUACGGAUGAUUUUGUCGAAAAUGUGAGUAACAAUGUUGAGAGUCAUGAAUCGGCUCAAACUGUGACUGAUGACGCUGUUAUUGCCUUUGACGAUGUGGUUGGUAUCGGCUUAGAUACCCUGAGCAUCGCUGACUUCGAUGGCGGCCCGGUACCUCUCGACGAGCUAAAUCGAUUGAAUCUCGAGAUUGUGCGCAAAACUGCCGCCUUGUAUGGAAAGAACAUGCUGGGAGGCACCCGUGUAGUGACAGCUUCGGAUUCGCGUGCCAUCUUGUGUUCAGCACUGGAGAUCAUGCUUAAGCUAUCCUCCACUCUCGACGUUCACAGUGCCACAGUUCAAGAGUGCACUAGAAGCCUUGCUGACGUAUUGAGACACGUUAAUGUGGAGUCUUUGCAAAUUUGGGGCGAUGCGGGUGAUGCUGCCCUGCGUGAUCUGUUACGGAAUGCACAUGGGAUUGCUGAUGCCCUCUCCAUUAUGUUGCUGGAUGUUUUUCCAAAGAUUAUCCACGCUAUUCCACUGCAAAAAUCUGGCGUUUCAGAUUACGUAACGGCGUCGAUGUUCUUGAAGCUGGAUCUGCUUCGGAGCGCAAGGGAGGUGCGAUCCACAUAUGUCAGUGCUGACCCAACGUUGUUCCACAUGAUUUGUGAUGCCUUCCACCACCUGUCAGCGCGUUGCGCGAAGGACUGCAUACAGAUGCUCAGCUUGGAUAUCCAGCAGUCCGUUUGGGAGAUGAGGCAGUUGGAGUCACAGUUACGGCGUUUGUGUGAAUCGCUCACUUCACAGAAUUUGAACUGUUUCAGCGACAUCAUAAGUCACGGCCAAUUGAAACGACUUGACAAUGACGCCGCCUCUUCCGGUCCUUCGUACCCUUGGCAGGGCUUCACUUUGAAGUUUGCAGAAGAAUGUGUGAAUAACAUAGAUUCGAUGGAUCCAAGUUCUGUGUCAAUGAUACUGUGUAUAAUUGCUGAUAACUACGGGAGCCCACCAGAGCAGGCUGGAGACGAGUUGCGGAACUUGCUGCCCGAAUGCUUCCGCAAGCUAUACGCCAACAGCAAGUCACUGACUACAGCCAGCAUCCUCGACGUGAUCGAGAGGUGCUGCACCAAAUUGGGCUACCUGCAUCAUUACGCGGCGCGCAUUAUGCUGAAUACGGCGCUGUCACGCUACGUAACCAGCCAUGCUGACGCUGUACUGGCGACGAAUCUCCACAUGCUGUGCCUCCGCAUCCCUUACGACAUGGCCACCUGCAUUCGCAGGAAAAGUUUCAUGCGUGUCGUGUCUUAUAUGGACGAAGUUUGUCUUUGUGAAAACGGCUUUAGGUUAAUUGAUCGAGAAGCCCAUAGCGUGGAAGGUGACGGGAAUGCCGUCACGACACGGCACUCACCGGAAGUCGCUACGCGGCCCGUGGUAUCACCGCAUUACAACAGCCCGGGAACGCGGUUCCUGUCCGACAGAAGUGCGGGUAGAACGCGAUGCGUUUACAGCAGCUACAGGAAGUCGUACGGUAAACCCAAACCGCCGUCACAUCUGGGCAAAGACAAUCAGGUUAUGCCUCGUCAGCGUGGAGCGUCACACAUCCACAAGUUGUGGAAAUCGAUCAAGCCCGAUCUGUUGCGCAAACUUCUGCCGCUUAUUCGCUAG